UAAACGUCACAAGAACGUCACGCUAGCGGCGUUACUUGGCUACCUACCUGGCAGGUAUUCGUUUAAAAAUAAACAUAUUAAACAGAAACGGAGAGGAGUAGGCUAUACUAGAUGUGUUUUCUUUCUUGGGAUAGAGCUAAAAGAGUUUAAAACACCUUUAGGACCCUUGGUGUUCCCAGACAUGUCUAGGCCUAAUUCAAGUGGAAGUGGAUGCAGUCACACUGGAAUGAGUGUUCAUAUUCCACAAGAGUUGCCAGACUUUUUGCUGCAGUUCACCAAAGAUGCCAUCAGAGCUCAGCCAGAGGAUAUUAUUGAGUAUUCCACUGCGUACUUCACAGCUAUGGUGAAAGGACAGCCUUUUUCAGUGAAGCCAAAUCCUGAAACCAAACUGGAACUGACAAAUGAGAUAUUGGGAAUUCUACAUUCCCAGUUAUCUGAAAGGGAGACCGUUAGAAAGUUGGAGAUUGGGCUCAUAUGGAAAAGUUUGAAUAUGCCAGAGAAUACCUUGAACCACAUCCUUUCAAUGGGAAAGUUUGGUGAAGAAAUUGAAUGGAAUAAAUUCCUUGCUUCAUGCUGCAGUUAUCUUGGAAAGAAUGUCAAAGAUGCCUUGACUCAGGCCUGCUACAUAAUGAACUGCGAUUCCAACUGUAAGCCUCCAGAUGCAUGUGUGUCCUUUGAAACCUUCCGGUUUCUCUACACCUACCUGGCAGUUGGGAAUGAGAACAUCUCACAGUCGCAGAUUGACAGAGUUCUCAGCUAUCUGCAAAAGAGAGCGAUCUCGAACAACGGUGUGGUAAAAGUAUCAGACUUCAUCAACAAUCGCAAAUUGCGUCUGGAUCCAACUAACUGAUUCAUCUUUACAGGCUGUCAAUCAGGUCCCAUUGUAGUGGAAAUAAAUAUGAUUAUAUUUAACUUAGACUCGAAGUAGUAUUUUUUUCUGCUUUACAUUGACUGCUAAAACAUUUGAUCUUACAAGUUUUCUUUUAUAUCGCUUUGGUACUAUUUUCACAAGUAUGUGGUAAAUUUUCACAACUUAGUACAAAACUCCAAACUGGUCUCACUUGUAACGCAGCCAGUCUUUCAGUCAAAACCUGUCAUUGUGCAUUCACUUAGAUUGUAAACAUCUCUCACCACACAACCAUUGAUUUUGAAAUCUAAUGAUAACAUUGGUUUAAUGAUCAAUCCACAAUAUAAUGAUAUAUUGUCAAUUUAGUCGUUUUAACUGUCAGUUAAUCCAAUAGUAAAUAAUGCAAGAUAUGCGUUUCAGAACACUUAGACAUGCUGAAAGGAAUACCACCCCAACUUCAGAGAUAGCUGCGCACAUGGAGAUGUUUCCCCCACUUUAUCCAGGCACUUGGACGGUCGCCCGUUGACCGAUGAGUUUUGGCCAGGUUGAAGCACGCUUCAUCAACAAAGAUAUACUUGUGAUGGUUCACAGCAGCAUCAAGCACCAUCUCCCUCUAAAAAUAUAUUUUGGUUAGUUAUUUUUACGGUAUAGUUCCAAUAUGAUAUUGUGAAGUAGUAUGUGCAUCUAAUAGUAAAAGUAAUACAGUAUAUAGUGUUGUACCUGAACAUACCGUCACGCCCUGACCUUAGUAUUCUUUGUUUUCUUUAUUGU